AUGCAGAACCUCUUCGAACAGAACUUAGACAUGGCCACCGCUCUCCUGGCUGGGGAGAAACUGAAGGAGCUCAUCCUGCCCGGGUCCUCUCAGGAUGAGAAGGGCGGGGCUCUGGCGGGCUUGAUGGUCCAACUCAAACUGGAGUUGCCUUUCGAUCGGGUCGUCACCAUAGGGACCGUCAUCAUCCCCAUCCUGCUCGUCACCCUUGUAUUUACCCGCAACUUUGCUGAGGAGUCCAUAUACUGUUACACACCACACAACUUCACAAGAGACCAGGCACUGUAUGCAAGAGGCUACUGCUGGACAGAGCUGCUGGACGCUAUACCUGGCCUGGAGGCUAACGUCCGGCCAUCGCUGUUUCAACACAAAUUUUUACCCUACGCUCUGCUGGCCUUUGCUGGCAUCAUGUACAUUCCUGCCUUGGGGUGGGAGUUCCUAGCCUCCACGCGGCUCACGUCUGAGCUCAACUUCCUGCUCCACGAGAUAGACAACUGUUACCACAGAGCGGCCGAGGGGCGGGCCCCGAAGAUCGAGAAGCAGAUCCAAUCCAAGGGGCCCGGCAUCACCGAGCGGGAGCGGCGGGAGAUCAUAGAGAACGCGGAGAAGGAGAAGAGUCCGGAGCAGAACCUGUUUGAGAAGUACCUGGAGAGACGAGGCCAGAGCAACUUCCUUGCUAAGAUCUACCUGGCGCGCCACCUGGCGAUCAUCUGCCUCAGUUCCAUACCCAUCUCCUACCUGAGCAUCUACUAUGCUCGACAACGGCAGAAUGAGUUCACCUGUGCUCUGGGCGGGCCCCCGGACACCAGCAGUUACCAGGAGUUGAAGCUCAGCGUCAACUGCAAGCUGCCCUCGGUGCAGCUGCAGCGCAUCAUGGCGGCCGUGGACAUUUCCCUGCUCUGCACCAUGAACCUCAUCAUCCUCAUUAAUUUGCUGCAUCUGUUCGUGGUGCGCAAAUCCAACUUUGUGUUUGACAAGCUGCACAAAGUGGGCAUCAAAACACGCCGCCGGUGGCAAAAGUCCCAAUUCUGUGACAUCAACAUCCUGGCGAUGUUCUGCAACGAGAACCGGGACCACAUUAAGUCCCUCAACCGCCUGGACUUUAUCACCAACGAGAGUGACCUCAUGUAUGACAAUGUGGUGAGGCAGCUGCUGGCGGCCUUGGCCCAGUCCAACCAUGAUGCCACGCCCACCGUCAGGGACUCUGCCAUACAGACCAUAGACCCCAACAUGGACCCUUCCAUCCUAGGGAUGGGUGAGCUGGGAGAGCCAAUGGUGAUCAAACGCCCCCGCAAGAAGAUCAAAUGGAUACCCUCAUCCAAUCCUCUUCCUCAAUCGUUCAAAGAACCCACGACUCUGACACGUAUGGAGAACAAUGGCAAGCCCGAUAAACCUAAGCCACUCAGGCGGAAAACAGUGGCGGACAACUUUGUUGCCACACGUGUGGACAGCAAGAGCACACAAUACCCUGCCACUAAAGAUUUAGGUGGGAAGCAUAAUCGCAAUUUCUCUCUGGACGUGCAUCCCUACAUGCUGACCAUCCGUAAGCCCAAGGUGGAGACCGUCACGGUCACCACAUCGGCCCUCUCCUCAGAGCACCCUUUGGAUACGGUGUUCAUUGAAGGCACACACACCAUCGUCCAUGUGUCCACUGCAAUUACAGAAAAAAAGGAACACUCUCCUGAGGCGACCAUCACUGCCUUUUCCACAGAGACCCUUCCUAUCACCACCUACGUGAACGGCAUCAGCCCCAACCCGCCCUCCAGCGAGGACGCCCUUAGCCCAAAGCCUUCCCCUCCCCUCAACGAGCCCUUCACAGGGCCCAUGCAUCCGGAGAGCCAGGUGUUGCCUUCCCUGACCAGGGCACCUACCCACCAGCUGCUGAGCAUGCACCACACUCUGUUUGAGGCGGACGAGGAGCAAGGGGGCGGUAGCGACAGGCUAGCCUCCAGGUCCGGGGAGCUCAUUACCGCAGGAGAAUGUUGAAGAGAAAGGAGCCAUGAUGAGUCUGGUGUCCGUUGAAGGCACAAUAUUCCAACGGUACACGACCCCCAACCCCAGCCCCUCUGUCAUCUGAUCUCUGACU